AUGGCGGCGGCCGAGUGAGCCCCGGAGAGCCCAGCUGCUUCCGAGCACUUCCGAGCGGGGGCCGCGGCGGCCAGCGCGGCGCACUGGAGGCGGAGGCCGCCGGCCGGGGCAGGGGCCGCGACGUCCUGAGGGAGCGCUCGCCCGCAGGGUUGAGGUAAAAGUAGAAUUGGAUCAGUUGGUCAGUUGUCGUUGAUUUUUGUCUUCUCAGCUUAAAGAAUUUUUCUACAGAAGUUGCCAAGAAAUUGUUGCUGGUUAAAUACAGGUUUUUUUAAACCUGUAUUUUGAAUGUAGUUUAGAAGUAUUUGAAACCAUGGGAAUAAAGGUCCAACGUCCUCGAUGUUUUUUUGACAUAGCCAUAAACAAUCUACCUGCUGGAAGAGUUGUCUUUGAAUUAUUUUCUGAUGUAUGUCCCAAAACAUGUGAGAAUUUCCGAUGUCUUUGUACAGGUGAAAAGGGUACGGGAAAAUCUACUCAGAAGCCAUUACAUUAUAAAAGUUGUCUUUUUCACAGAGUUGUAAAGGAUUUUAUGGUUCAAGGUGGUGACUUCAGUGAAGGAAAUGGACGAGGUGGAGAAUCCAUUUAUGGAGGAUUUUUUGAAGAUGAGAGUUUUGCUGUUAAACACAACAAAGAAUUUCUGUUGUCAAUGGCCAAUAGAGGAAAGGAUACUAAUGGUUCGCAGUUUUUCAUAACAACUAAACCUACACCUCAUUUAGAUGGGCACCAUGUUGUUUUUGGACAAGUGAUCUCUGGCCAAGAGGUUGUGAGAGAGAUUGAAAACCAGAAAACGGAUGCGUCCAGCAAACCAUAUGCUGAAGUACGAAUACUUAGCUGUGGGGAGCUAAUUCCCAAAUCCAAAGCCAAGAAGGAAGAAAAGAAAAGACAUAAGUCGUCAUCUUCAUCCAGUGAUUCAGAUAGUUCAAGUGAUUCUCAGUCCUCUGAUUCUUCUUCUGAUUCGGAAAGUGCUUCUGAAGAAAAAUCAAAGAAAAGAAAAAAGAAACACCGAAAGUCCCGAAAACAUAAGAAGGAAAAAAAGAAGAAAAAGAAAAGCAAGAAAAGUUCUUCUACUGAGAGUGAAGACGAAAGUCCUGAAGCACAACCACAGUCUACUGUCCGUCCAGAAGAGAUCCCUCCUAUUCCUGAAAACAGGUUCCUAAUGAGAAAAAGUCCUCCUAAAGUAGAUGAGAAAGAGAGAAAGAAUAGAGAAAGGGAGAAAGAAAGAGAGUGUAAUCCAUCUAACUCCCAGUCCUCUUCAUAUCAAAGGAGACUUCUAGUCACCAGGUCUGGAAGGAAAAUUAAAGGAAGAGGACCAAGGCGCUAUCGAACACCUUCCAGAUCCAGGUCACGGGAUCGUUUCAGGCGUAGUGAGACUCCUCCACAUUGGAGACAAGAAAUGCAGAGAGCUCAAAGAAUGAGGGUGUCAAGUGGUGAAAGGUGGAUCAAAGGGGAUAAGAGUGAAUUAAAUGAAAAUAAAAAGGAAAAUCAAAAAAGCCCAGCGAGAGGAAAAGAAAGAAAAAUAUCUGAACACAGACAUGCAUCAGAAAGUCCAAAUAGAAAAGGUGAAAAGGAAAAGAAAACAAAAGACCAUAAAUCCAGCAGUAAAGAUAGGGACACAAGGAGAAAUUCAGAGAAAGAUGAUAAAUACAAUAAAAGCAAAGCAAAGAAAAGGGCCAAAUCUAAAAGCAGGAGUAAAAGCAAAGAGAAGUCAAAAAGUAAAGAAAGAGAUUCAAAGCAUAACAGGCACGAAGAAAAGAGAAUGAGAUCAAGAAGCAAAGAAAGAGAUCAUGAAAAAGUAAAAGAGAAAGAGAAACAUUCUGAUUCUCGGGGCAAAGAACGAGAAAAGAGCAGGAGUAAAGAGAGGUCUAAACGAGCAGGGUCAAAAAAUAAUGAACACAACCAUAGCAGAAGUAAAGACAAGGAUAAAAGGGCCAAGUCAAGGAGUAGAGAACGGGAGGUGACCAAAGGAAAACACAGCUCCAAUGGCCGGACAAGGGAGCGAAGCAGAAGCAGGGACAAAGGAAGAAGAGCCAGAUCUAGGAGCAAAGACCGAGACCGUAGUAGGAGCAAAGAGUAUUAUAGGAACAGAGAGAGGGAAUCCCGGAGAAGAGCAAGAUCAAGGAGCAAAGAAAGGAAAGGAACACCAGAAAAAUCUAGAAGUAAAGAUAGGAGGAGGAGGAGAGAGUCAAGGAGUUCAGGGAGAGAGGAAAGUCAAAGCAGAAAUAAAGAAAAAAGUAAAAACCAAGAAACAAGGAGUUCACACAAAAAAGAGAACUCUGAGAGUGAAAAAAGGCACUUAAGAAAUCACGAUAACAGUAGCCGAGACAGCAGUAAGGAGAAAAAAACUGACAGAGAUCAAAGUCCAAACUCGAGAAAACAAAAUAGUAAAGACAGAGAAUUAAAGUCCUCUACAUACAAAAAUAAGGAAGAAGAGAAGACCAGAUGUUCAUUAGAAAAAGAAAUCAACCAAAAAUCAAAGAGUCAAGAAAGAGACCAUACACGUGGUAAAGAUAAAAAAUCUGAUCAUGAGUCCAGCCCUGGAACUGAUGAAGACAAAAGUGGAUGAGUGAGGGCCUUGAACUUUG